AUGGAUGUGGACAUUCCCAGAAACGACACCAACGCUCCGGCGGAGACCGACAUCGAUUUGGGGUUUCUCUUAUUCAACUGCAUGGUUUUGACUCUGACUCUGGUCUUGGGUUUACCCGGGAACGUGUGGGUGUGUUGGGUCGUGUUCCGAACCAAGAGUCUCCAGACCAGCAGCAAUGCGCUUCUGGUCAGCUUGGCCGCCAGCGACCUCCUCAAGUGUUCCGUUGACACGCCGCUGUUGCUCGCGUCCUUCCUGCGCUCCGGAGAUGGCGUCCAGGUGCCGGUGGCGGUAUGCGCACUGCAGCAGCUAACCUGGGCGUUGUGUUGCUGCGUGCAGCUUCUGACGCUGGUCAGCAUCAGCGUGGAACGCUACCAAGCUAUCGCGUUCCCUUUUCAAACAGAACGCAGGAAAGCGAGGGUUCGAUUCUGGAUCAUGUCCAUCUGGGCGUGCGGAAUCAUCCUGGCUGGAGUCUCGUUGACUAUCUCCAAACAACCACUUUUCUACGCACUGUGCCAGCCGCUCAUCAUUCACGCCGAUGGUUAUCCGUGUUAUUCCGAUCCGUUUGUUCCGUACGUGUUGGCCCCUCUGUGGGGACUCUCCCUCGCCGUUAUCGUUAUCCAUUACGGAAGAAUCAUCAAAAUAGUCAGGCAGCACCGGAAAAAAUUAUUCAGUCGUGGAAUCCGAGUGAUGCCAACAGUGUCGGAUCACGUCUGGACCUGGUUGAGUGACCCCGCUUCCGGACCACGCUCAAUUCCGUCCAACUCCUCUAAACCGAUGGUCGCAAGCCGCUUAACGCACCAAGUCGCCGGCGAGCCCUGUUCGGGAACGUCCACCGCACGAGCACGGGGGACGCCUCCGGAUAUCGUCGGAGCGGUGUGCCUUCUGACACCCGGAGUCAGGGAACGUGGGAAGAAACAAGUGGAGGGAAAACUAGCCAAACGUUCCGGGUAUAUUAUAAUCGCUUUUACGCUUUUUUGGCUUCCCAUGGUGGCUAUUUUACUAUUCAGCAACCUCAUCACAUGGCCGGAUACCGAUAAAUUGCUGUUGAAGCUGGAGACGUCCGCCAUGGUGUUGACGUGUGUUCAAGCUGCAGUCGAUCCGCUCGUCUACACGCUAGUCACCAGACAGUUCCGCUACGAACUCAGCAAGAUGUUUGUGUCUUUUCCAAAGUGUCCACUCAAACUGGGAUCCUGA